GCAGCAGUUGUUAAGCUUAGACGUUUGAAGUUCUAGAAUUGAAAAUAAGUGACCUCUUCAAAAGCGACAUUAGAGAUGAGGUCAUCGUGGCAGCUUUUUAUCGGACUGCUUAUGCUACUCGCACUAAGCGGUACAGGCCAGGCACAGUUUAAGACGGCUGGCAUCAAGACCCGUCAGCCGGCUUCUGCAAACCUACAGUUUUCUAGCAAUGCCACUGAGCAGACCCAAUACAGCUACGGCAGCUACUCCAAUUUUGUGCCCGCCGAGACCUAUCAGGGCGGAAAUCAAAACCAAUUUGCGAGUCACUACGUGCAGCCGCUGAACACGGCUACUCCUGCACCUCAAAUUCUUGAUGAAACGGCGUUGUUUAUUAAUAAAACCCGAUCGGCAAUGGCUAGUGGCAUCUGCUACAAGGAAGUUCCCACUGCCUCACUACUUCAUGGGUCGCGGGAUAAUGAUAUUGGCAAUGGCACCACCUCGGAUAUGAGUCGGAUUCAGAUCUGUUGCGAGGGCUAUGAGCGUAAUCCCCACAUCUAUCGACGCUGUGAGCCCUUAUGCGAUGACAACUGUCCCAACGGCAUUUGCACUGCGCCCAAUACCUGUGUCUGUAUGCCUGGACAUGUAAGGACCGUCGAGGGAAAGUGCAUCUCCACCUGCCCCCUAGGCUGUGGCAACGGAGUGUGCACUGAACAGAAUGAAUGUCGUUGUCGCGAGGGCUACACACUGGAUCCCGUUACCCGAAAGUACUGCCAACCAGAGUGCAACCCAGGCUGUGCCAAUGGACGAUGCGUGGCUCCCAACAAAUGUGAUUGCCUCCAGGGAUUUCGCCAAGGGGCUGACGGUAGCUGUACCCCCGUCUGUGAUCAAUGCGAGAAUGGACAAUGCACAGCACCGGGACAUUGCAGUUGUCGUGCGGGCUACCUGAAGGUGGAAGGACGUUGUGAACCCAUUUGCGAGCAGUCCUGCAAGAAUGGCCGUUGCAUUGCUCCCGAGACCUGUGAAUGUGCUCCUGGUUAUGAUUGGGAUCGUAAGACCGCUCAGUGCUUACCCCACUGUGAUGUGCCCUGCCUGAAUGGUGUCUGCAUUGGACAGAACCAGUGCGAGUGCAAGCCUGGUUUCAUUUUGGAUGAACAUCAGCGAAACAUUUGCCAGCCACAUUGUCCCCAAGGUUGUCCCAAUGGCUAUUGCAGUGCGCCCAACUUCUGCAUCUGCAAGCCCGGUUUCAUCAAGAGCGGAAUUAAAGGACGUCAAAGCUGUCAGCUCGUCUAGUAUGCAUUUUAUUCGAAUUAUUUGUUAAAAUUUUAAUCCCACAUCCAAUUAAACAGACGUCCAAUAAGUGCGUAAAAUUCA